AUGUUUCGCGCACAGCAGAACGCUUUCGACGACGCUGUCGCCAAAGCGACAGAUGAGAACCUCACGUCAGAGAACUGGGAAUUUAUUCUUGAUGUUUGUGAUAAAGUCUCUGCGGAAGAAUCUGGCGCAAAGGAUGCCGUGGCCGCGUUGAUUAAGAGACUGGCGCAUAGGAAUGCCAAUGUGCAGCUAUACACUUUGGAGCUUGCCAAUGCUUUGGCGCAAAACUGUGGCCCGAAAAUUCAUCGGGAGUUGGCGUCUAGGAGCUUUACUGAUGCUUUGCUGCGUCUUGCUAAUGACCGGAACACCCAUCAGCAAGUUAAGUCGAAGAUCCUCGAGCGUAUGGAAGAAUGGACGGAGAUGUUUUCCAACAACCCGGACUUCGGCAUCAUGGAGCAGGCAUACAUGAAGCUUAAGACAAUUAAUCCCAACCUACAGCCUCCCUCGAAGCCCGGCAAACGUGAAAUCACCGACGUCGACCGCCAAAAGGAAGAGGAGGAAUUGCAGAUGGCGCUGGCGCUUUCAAUUAGAGACAAGCCCGCACCGGGUCCAGGACCGCAGGCCGAAUCCAGCUCGUCGGCCGCUGCCUCCGCUCCUCAAACGUCACCGCCCGUUCAGCAGCAACAACAAGCGCAGGCGCAGGUCCAAACACAAGCUCCUGUUUCGCUCCCGUCGGGAACAUCGGCUGCCACCAUUUCGCGUGUGAGAGCACUGUACGAUUUCCAGCCUUCCGAGGCUGGUGAAUUGCAAUUCCGGAAAGGAGACAUUAUUGCUGUUCUGGAGUCUGUGUACAAGGACUGGUGGAAGGGUUCGCUGAGAGGCCAGACCGGAAUUUUCCCUCUGAACUAUGUCGAGAAGCUUCCCGAUCCAACGGUUGACGAGCUGCAGCGCGAGGCCCAGAUGGAGGGCGAGGUGUUUGGUCAGAUUAAGAACGUGGAGAAAUUGUUGACGCUGCUGAGCACGCGUAAUGCCGGACCGAAUGCGCAGGAUAAUGAGGAGAUUACUACACUAUACCACUCGACUUUGGCUAUUCGGCCCAAGUUGAUUGAGUUGAUUGGAAAGUAUUCGCAGAAGAAGGACGAAUUUACCCAGUUGAACGAGAAGUUCAUUAAAGCGCGACGGGAUUACGAAGCCCUUUUGGAAGUAUCUAUGACACAGCCUGGGCAGGCACCAUAUGCUAGACCUGGUCAACCUCCUUACGGAUAUCCUGCUGGGUAUCCUCAGGGACCUCCGCCCCCACAGGCUGACCCUAACCGCUACUUUAGCCCGCGCCCUCAAGACACUCAGCCGCUGAAACCCGGCGCAUCCCCAUACUACGGCGGAGAGCAAAUGGGUUACCCUCCAGCCUCCCAAUCCCCCGAUCCUCGCAACCGCACUCCCUCCGGCGGCUCCCCUUACCAGCAACCCCAACAACCCCCAGUAACAGACGCGUACCAACCAGUCCACCACCGCCCACAAUCCACCUACGACCAUCCCCAAGAACUCGGAACAUCCGUCUAUGACUCUCCCGUCGACCGUCCAGCCGCCCAACAACUCCCUUACCCAUCCGGAGGCCAUGUCCCACCAGUCAUGCAACGCUUCCAACAACAGCAGCAACAGGCCCAAGCCCAACAAGAAUAUUCGCCAUCGGCCUACUCCCCGGAUGAGCCUAGCAGCCAGGGCCCCUAUCCCACAGCACCGGAUGCACCCAUGCAUCAGCCUCCCCCUGUUCCUACGGGUGCAGCAGCGAAGCCUACUACGCCUUAUCCGUCUUUGACGCCGGGUGUGCCGAGUGGGGAGGGUUACCAGGCUUAUAAUCCGUCGAGCUCGAAUCCUAAUUUGUUUUACCGAUAG